AUGGGAGUAAAGGAAAUGUUCAGUCUGGCGCGGGUGCCCUUCAUCCUUCUGCUCGGUGUGGUUUAUGUUGCCUAUGUAUUGAUUGGUGGGGUGAUUUUCUGGAAGUUGGAGGGAGAUUUUGGUAGGAAGGACCUCAGCGUGGCGCUGAACAACAAAGAAAAACUGCUUACAACAUACACCUGUCUCAACCAAGACGCCCUGGUGGCUGUGGCUAAGGUUGUUCAAGAUGCAUCAAAGCGGGGGCUGAGUUUAAAAGGCAACAACACAGCGGACGGCUUCUGGAAAUUCACCAGCUCAGCUGUGUUUGCUGCGACUGUGGUCACAACUAUAGGUUAUGGGAACAUGAGUCCCAUCACUACAGCUGGCCAGAUCUUCUGCGUGUUCUUUGCACUCUUCGGUAUACCACUCAACAUUGUGAUUCUCAACAGAGUGGGCAAGUACAUGCUACUCAUAGAGAGGAACGUCUCUGACUUCCUCGAGAGAAAAACUACCCGGAAAACAUGUACCCGUUUUUUCAUCCACCUUUUUUGUUACAUUUGUGGAGUGGUUUUUUUCUUCAUCACGCCCAUGAUUGUGUUCCAGCAGCAAGAGGGCUGGACCUACGCAGAGGCCAUCUACUACUGCUUCAUCACUCUCAGCACCAUCGGCUUUGGAGAUUUUGUGGCAGAUAGUAAUCCAGACAAAGAUUACCCAGAUUGGUACAACGUCCUCAUGGCCUCGUGGAUCUUCUUUGGCCUGGCCUGGCUGGCCUUGGUUAUCAACCACUCCAUCGACAUCCUGGAGCGGAUCAACAACCACUUCAAAAUGCGGUGGGGUAAUAGUGAGCAGGAGGAGUCAGGCAAUACAGAGGAUAAAACCCCCGAGACACAGGUGGAGGAGGCAGACGAGAUCAAGGAGCCUCCAGCUGCUCAGUCCACCUAG